AAUUUGAGUAAUAGCAUUCGAUGCUAUGUGUGGGGAUUUCCCAGAAAUGGCAGGGUGGUGUCUUUAUCAUCAAGUGAAUGAUAGCACGGCAAACAUGCCGAUAAUCACCGAUGGCUUCUCUGCGGGUCGUGCUGUGCGGGGCUUUCGCGGGAGAUUUAAGCUGUUGGCGUUUGCUAUCAAGAGAAUCGUCAGUUUGUAAUCGCGAUCGAAUGUUGCUGGAACAAGGAUUCAGACAUGAACGGGCUCGAAAUCGAUCCCUUUAUCGCGGCUCUUCCCAAAGUCGAGCUGCAUGUCCAUAUUGAAGGCACACUGACGCCGGCGCUGCGAUGGAAAUUGGCACACCGUAAUAACAUCUCACUGCCCUACAAGACAUACGACGAACUGGCCAAUUCAUACAAAGUGACCUACAAUCAUCGGCGAGAAGUCAAUGGUGAUAAUGGUGCCCCGACUUUUCUCGAAGCUUACUUCGCAGGCUGCCAAGUGCUCUGCACCGAGGAUGAUUUCUACGAAUUAGCAAUGGACUACUUUAAAAAGGCGCACGAGAUGAACGUGCGGUAUGUCGAGCCCUUUUUUGACACACAGGCACACACACGGCGAGGAAUCCCCGCUGAAGCAGUGCUAAAUGGCUACCUCCGCGCGCAACAGGAGAGCGUAGGAAAGUACAGUGUCCGAAGCAACUGGAUCUUUUGUUUUCUGCGCGACGAGGCGUUGGAGGACGGGCUGGACGCAUAUCGUGCCGCAUUGCCGUGGGCUCGCACGAGAGAUGGGAAAGGCAAAGGUUUAUUCCAUGCUGUUGGGUUGGCUAGCAACGAGUACAACCGUCCGCCAUUACUUUUCGAAGAGGCUUUUCGGCUAGCGAAGGAGGACGGUCUGCACAUCACCAUGCACUGCGACGUUGAUCAAAAGGAUGCAGUCGAGCAUAUGCACGAGGCUAUUUUUGACAUCUGUGACGGAGCAGGUACUGAAAGGAUCGACCACGGCCUCAAUGCGAUCGACCGGGAGGGUUUGAUCCCCGGCCUGAAGAGUCGUGGCAUUGGGUUAACGCUGUGCCCGCACGCGUAUCAUCGUCGUCAGGCCACUGAGGUUCUCUUCCCGAAGAUUCGGAGACUGUGGGACGAGGGAGUGAAAAUAUGUAUCAACAGCGAUGACCCGACAUAUAUGCACAAUGUUUGGAUCGACGGGAAUAUGAUGAAGGUGUAUAAGUACUGUGGCUUCACGAAAGCGGAUAUGGUGACGCUGGUACGGAACGCGGUGGAGAUCAGCUGGGCAGACGAGGGUACCAAGACGGAGAUACUGAAGGAGUUGGAAUUGGUAAUAUGUUGAAAUAGAUAUAGGGUACAAUGUAUGUUAACGAUUAAUAAGAACAAGGGCGCAGAAGCAGCUUCAAUAUUGGAGUUUGCAUUAGUUGCAAAAAGGAGA